AUGCUGCUUUCAGGCCUGCGCUCGGGCGCGCGCUGGGCGCCGGGGUGCGUACGCCGCAUCUCGACCCUGCGCAGUUUUCCGGCGGGCGACAAGGCGGCGCGCGAGGUACCUACGCCGCUGCUCUUUGUCGCCGCGCCGACGUGGACGGGCGAGAAAAUGGCAGAAGAGCAAUUUGCGCCGCUGCUCCGGCUCGCGCAGCAGCGGGGCUUUACGUCCCUCCUGCUCGAUCUCGAUGUGAAGGAUGCAAGCGAGAAGUCCGCGUCCGAGGUGCUGGCGCUUAUGGAAAAUGGCACGUCGCAUAGCUAA